CCUGACUGCUGCAAGGCUGUGCCCCGUGAUGGUUUUUGCCAGCCAGCCAAUCACCUAGUUGGGGUUACACUGGCAUUACCAAUGGCACUUUAUUUCUCGUGACACCAUGGCUGUAGCGCCCGCCUCCCACUGCACCGGUAUAAAAAGAGAUGUGGGCUCAUAUUCUGUCCUUUUUCUCCGGUCUAAAGCAGGAAUACCCGUUAUCUGUAUUGUUUCAGUAAAUCAUGGGAAAGGAAAAGAUCCACAUCAACAUUGUGGUCAUUGGCCAUGUCGACUCCGGAAAGUCAACCACCACAGGUCAUCUGAUCUACAAAUGCGGAGGCAUUGACAAGAGAACCAUUGAAAAGUUCGAGAAGGAAGCCGCUGAGAUGGGCAAGGGCUCUUUCAAGUAUGCCUGGGUGCUGGACAAGCUGAAGGCUGAGAGGGAGCGUGGUAUCACCAUCGACAUUUCCCUGUGGAAGUUCGAGACUGCCAAGUACUACGUCACAAUCAUUGAUGCCCCUGGGCACAGAGACUUUAUCAAGAACAUGAUCACUGGUACCUCUCAGGCUGAUUGCGCUGUGCUGAUUGUUGCUGGUGGUGUGGGUGAGUUUGAGGCUGGUAUCUCCAAGAACGGCCAGACCCGUGAGCACGCUCUCCUCGCCUACACUCUGGGAGUGAAACAGCUCAUUGUUGGCGUCAACAAGAUGGACUCUACUGAGCCCCCCUACAGCCAGAAGCGUUUUGAGGAGAUCCAGAAGGAGGUCAGCACCUACAUCAAGAAGAUUGGCUACAACCCUGCCACUGUCGCCUUUGUGCCCAUCUCUGGAUGGCAUGGGGACAACAUGCUGGAGGCUAGCCCCAACAUGGGCUGGUUCAAGGGAUGGAAGGUCGAACGUAAGGAGGGUGGCGCUAGCGGUGUGACCCUUCUGGAGGCUCUGGACUCUAUCCUGGCCCCUUCCCGCCCCACUGACAAGCCCCUCCGUCUGCCCCUGCAGGACGUCUACAAAAUCGGCGGUAUUGGAACAGUACCCGUGGGCCGUGUGGAGACUGGCACCCUGAAGGCCGGUAUGAUCGUCACCUUCGCCCCCGCUAAUGUCACCACUGAGGUGAAGUCUGUGGAGAUGCACCACGAGACCCUGGAAGCGGCUCUACCCGGUGACAAUGUUGGCUUCAACGUCAAGAACGUGUCCGUCAAGGAUAUCCGUCGUGGCAACGUGGCUGGAGACAGCAAGAACGACCCCCCAAUGGAGGCCGGCAACUUCACAGCUCAGGUCAUCAUCCUGAACCACCCCGGCACCAUCUCCCAGGGCUAUGCCCCCGUACUGGAUUGCCACACUGCUCACAUCGCCUGCAAGUUCAGCGAGCUCAAGGAGAAGAUCGACCGUCGUUCCGGCAAGAAGCUUGAGGACAACCCCAAAGCCCUGAAAUCUGGAGACGCCGCCAUCAUUGUCAUGGUGCCAGGAAAGCCCAUGUGUGUGGAGAGCUUCGCUGCCUACCCUCCCCUUGGUCGUUUUGCUGUGCGCGACAUGAGACAGACCGUUGCCGUUGGUGUCAUCAAGGCCGUUGACAAGAAGGCUGCCAGCACUGGCAAGGUGACCAAGUCUGCCAUUAAGGCCACCAAAGCCAAAUGAAUUCCUGCUCCAGACAUCCAGCAACAACAAGGCGUGUCACCGGCAUCCCAUCCUGCAGUGUCUCAGAACCUGAGCUCUCUACUCAAGGACUGGCUAAUGCUAAUAAAAACCCAUCGCAAAAGUUUUCGCAGGAAAGGAAAGCAAAUGUUCGAAGAAUAAUGCUUUAGGGGAAAUUAUGAUAAAACCAAAAAUAAAAAACAUGAACAUUAACUGCCAAAACGCUGCUGUUUCUUGUUUCUCAUAAGCCAAACGCUGAAUCGGUUACUGUUGGAUACAUACUGGUAUCUAUCAUGAAAUUAUAUGUUGUGUUAGAAUAUGAAAAUAAAGUCUGAUUUCUGUUGCUGUGAAACAUUGA